AUAAAUAUAUUUCACGAGGCAAACGGAAAAGUUUUUUCUCUUUCUCUAUUCAUCUUCAGCACACAGCACCACCAUCAUCGAUUCACCCAAAUCGCAUCCUCCUUCCACUCAAAAUCCAACGUCACAAUCUCACCGUCGUAACCGUCCAAACUCCGUCACAAUCUCCACCACACUAACAUUCAAAAUCUCGCUCGCAAGUAGCUUCUUUACGAAUUCCAAACAUUCGCGCCUUUUCAUUUCACCACUAUUCGCUCGCCGGCGAUUCGGUUUCUCACGAUUUCUCGCCGGAGAAACUUUGUACGAUCGUCAAAUUUCUCUUCUCCAUUUCACGAACAUUUAACCGAAUUGAACGUACACUCUGUGUGCUGGAAAGGUCUUACUGAUCAUCGAUCACUCUCGUGAUCAGACGCUGUGAUGAAGAUAUCUGAAUGAGCAGGUGACAUAUACUGGGUUUUUGGCUAUAUUCAAUAGCUCUUAUAGCGAGGAUAUUAAAUGAAGUAAAUGAAAGUAUAAGGUAGUCCUACAUGACAGGAUGGUGUUCUUUAAGAACUUUUCAUAUGAUGCACUUUCACAUGGGGUCUUGGAAGAUAAAGGUCAGGGACAAAAUGCUGAUAGAGUUCGUAGAUCAGUACAGUUAGUGAAUGCGCCGAUAAAGAAGUUGAUAUGAACAUGGAGGCACAAUAUGAGAGUGAUGCUGAACCAGAUGAUGCCGAUAAAGCAAAAUGUGGCAACUGCUGAUAAUCGGGUUGGUACAAGUGAAUUAAAUGUAGAGACUAUGAGCAGGAAACCAUCUAUAAAUGGAAGGUGGGGUUCUUCAUUUUGGAAAGAAUGCUAGCCUAUGUGUGCUCAGAAUGGUUCCACGUGCUGCAAGAAAUAUCAAAAGCUAUGCUGAGGCUGAUCAAUCUGAAAGAAUUAAUAAAAGAAAAAAAAGAAGGAAAGUGAACCACCUGAACGGAUUCCAAAACGACGGAAAGCAGAUUAUGCAGCUCAUGUAACAUUAAUGAUUGAUGGAGCAUCUGCCCAAGUGAGAAGCUGGUCAUAUGGGAAUUUGUCUAAACGAGAUGCGCUGUGGUUUUCUUGUUCAGUGAUGAAAUUUAGGAAUGAGAGCCAAAUCAAUUUGGUUGUUGCUGAAGUUGGUGGUGCAGUAGAAGCAGCUCCGUUCAAAGCACAAGCAGAACUCUUCAAUGCUUUGAUUGAUGGCUGUAAAGAAGCAGCGGAAAUUGGAAGUCUGCAUCUGAAGGGGCCUUUGUUGGAUUUCCAUGUGAAGGCAAAUGAGUUACUUAUCCGUGUUCAAGAACUUCAACUGCUAGCAAAGUGCAUUAGUCGGUAUGAAGAUCCUAUUGCACAAUUCCGUGUUUUAACAUUUCUCAAACCUUCAAACUGGUCAAAAGGUUGUGGAUGGAAUCAAAUUGAUGAUGCAAGAUUGCUUCUUGGAGUACAUUAUCAUGGAUUUGGUAAAUGGGAAAUUAUAAGGUUGGAUGAAAGGCUUGGUCUAAUGAAAAAAAUUGCACCAGUGGAACUUCAGCAUCAUGAAACUUUCUUACCACGAGAAUGACUACGAGAUUGUGGAAGUAUGUUUCUACCUUUUCCCAUCUUUCAGGAGAGGCUUCACCAAAUUUAUUGAAAACUUAAACUGGAGCAAAAUGCUGAAGGUGUUGGCCCCUCUCUUUCCAAUGGGUAUGUGUCUGGUCCAUUUAGUAGAAAUGGAAACCCUAAUCAUUCUUAUUCAUUCCCUCGCCAUAUUGAGAGGCAAAGGGGAUUCCAAAAUGUGACUACUGCCUAUCAAAAGCCCGGACAAGUUAGUGAUACAGGCAUGUCUGAGGCAUGGAAAUGAAGAAGAGCAGAAAAUAAUGGUCAUUUCCAAAGUCAGCCACCACCUCGAAGAAUCACGAGUAAUGGAAUUCAACCGCUGGAUCCUAACUCGAUGGGGAUCCUUGGGGCAGGACCAUCUGGUAAAUGUUUAGCUGGUGAGAAACCAUUUAAAACUCAACCUGGUGGGGUUCCUUCAAGGCAAGAGUUUUCUUCAGGAAUCGAGUAGUUUAGUCAUGUGAGAUCAGAACACCUGAUUCCUGGAGUGUUGGUUGUUGGCUUUCACUCUGCACUUAGCUUCAGAAAUCGUAAAUACUCUGGAAUUUUUCUCUCCCACCAAUGGGAAUUAAGAUAUUGUAGAUACCUUUUUGGUUUCCUUGGUGAUCCGAGAAAUAUCCUACACAUGGAUUUGCAUCCGUGAACAAAGUGGCUGACGCCAUUGAUGAUAUGGCGUUUGCAAUGCAAGGUGAACGUAGUCUUGCCCAUUUUUCUUCCCCUUUACCUUUUGAUUUUUACAGUCCUUGAAGAUGAGCCAAAGGGUUACAUCUAUAGUGAAAAUCUUGAAUAGAAACACAUUUUACCUUACUAGUAGAGAUACCUAAGAAAGUGUACAUUCCAAGUUACCCCAUUUUAUUGGACUUAAUUGUUCGCACCAUACAAAUUAUGUUGGCUGAUAUGCACAGAAAUUUAUUUGUACUAAUUUCAAUUUUAGCUAUAACAUGUUGAAAUUUUGUGUAGCUCUUUGAAGUAAAUUUCAUCAGCAAAUGAUAGUAAUUCUCAGCUUCUGGCUCGGUUUCGGUUUCCAGCAUGCUUACUCAUUUAAGGUCAUACAUGGUGGUUAGUAUUUCAUAUUGUUGCUUAUGUUAUUAUUUUAUUUAACAUUUAGACUACAAUAAUGAAUAUCUUUUCUACUAAUCAUCAUUUGCUUUUCAUUUACUUUGGUAGAUCACUUCAUCUAUCAUCUAUUUUUCUCUUGUUGAUUCACCAUGGCUCUCCAUUUUCCCAAUGGGAACAAGCCAAAGUGCUAAUUAGUCCAAGUAACUACCCACCUCCAACCCAGUAGAAGCCAACCACUCAUUUGUGUAGUAAACAUCAUCUUAUUUGCGAUUAGUACAGAAAAUGACUCCAAACUCCCAUUAAUAUCAGCUCAUGAACAUCUAUGCUACGGUAUGUAGUAGGAAAACUUCAGAAUGACGCAUAAAGUAACACUUAUUCUUAAAUUCAAAUCGUUACAUUCCAUUUCCUUUCAUAGUCGCCAUUUGCAAUACUUUCAAUCAUCUAAUUUUUUUUUUUUUAAUGUAUGCAUUUUAAAGUUAGUGCUGAGUAGUCGUCACAUGUGAGGGUUAAUUAAGUGGUGUUGCAAUCACAAAAUAAGCACGUCAUCUUUGUUUAAAGUGGUGCGACUAUGAUUGAAGUUGAACAAUGAGGAACGAAGGAUUGGAUUUGAAGACUAGACUAGAUCUAGGUGGAUGAAUGAGAUAGAUAUUUUACUAUUUACAAGUUUGUUUCUAUGUUUAGAUUAAAGUGUCUCUAAAUUGGCUCAAGUAAAAUAGCUUAGUUGGUAUUGCA